AUGAGUGCAAUUGAUUCGGGAAAACCCCAAGAGCUGUUUGUCGAAGAUGUUCCCACAGAGGAGGAGCGCCAGCUCGAUCGCGAGACUCUCAACCGACUCGACCUGAUCCUGAUGCCCAUGACACUCAUUCUGUAUUUGCUGGCCUGGCUGGACCGCGCGAAUGUCGGCAAUGCCCGAGUGGCUGGCUUGGAUACCGAUCUCAAUCUGAGCGACUACCAGUAUAAAGUCGAUAGGCUGUUUGACUGGACAGCGAUCACCGUUACGUAUGUUCCUUAUAUCCUCUCGGAGCUGCCCUCCAACCUCGUCCUGAAGAAAAUCGGCCCCCGCAUCCUGCUCCCGACCCUGUGCACGUCCUGGGGCCUCGUCACGGUCCUGCAAUGCCAGGCCCGCAAUUUCAGCGGAUUCGUAGCCUGCCGCUUCUUCCUCGGUCUCUGUGAAGGCGGCCUUUUCCCGGUAAUAGUGCUCUACCUCUCUGGCUUCUACCGCCGCCAUGAGCUGCAGGUGCGCAUUGCACUCUUCUUCUCUGCCGCCUCUCUUAGCGGUGCAUUCUCGGGACUUCUAGCGGCCGCGAUCCAGCAGAUGGAUGGGAUCCGCGGUCUGCGCGGCUGGCAAUGGAUUUUCAUCCUGGAGGGUUUAUUCACUGUCUGUUUCGGCCUGUUCUCGUUCGCCAUGCUGCCAAACACACCAGAGGGCGUGCUCACAUUCACACCGCGACACAAACAACACUGCUUGCGCCGUCUCCAGUCCGACGCCAACCUCUUGGAGUCUGAUAAAGUCACUAUCAAAAAGGUCCUGUCAGUCCUGAAGGAUGUCCACGUCCUCCUCGUCCUAGUCAUUCUCUUCUCCAGCGGGACGUGUCUUUUCGGGCUCGCGUACUUUUCUCCCUCGAUCGUGCAAGCAAUGGGGUACUCGAACACGAAGACCCAGUUAAUGACAGUCCCGCCGUAUGCUGUGGCUUUCGUAGUGACUAUGAUCACAGCAUACAUAGCGGACCGGUAUCGGCAGCGCGGAAUCUGCGCCUUUGCAACCACCUCCAUCGCUCUCAUCGGCGCAGCGCUCAUGCUUGUCGGCCGCAGCAUCGCACUCCGCUACGCGGCACUUAUUCUGCUCGUCACAGGAAUCUACGCUGCAGCGCCGUGUCUCAUCUCAUGGGUCCCCAACAAUACAGCGGGCCAUGUUAGGCGCGCCACAGCCGUUGCCCUCGGGUUCGUCACUACUAGUUCGGGCGGCGUGCUGAGUACUUGGAUCUACCCGAAGAGUUCGGCGCCUUAUUAUACCUUAGGUGCGACAGUGAAUCUCUCGCUCAUCGUGGUUUCGCUUGUGGGAUUGGUGCUCCAAGUCGGUGUUUUGAUGUGGCUGAAUCGGCGAAAGGAGGUGAAGAGAACGGAGAUUCUGAGUGAGCCAGGGCUGGAAGGACUUAGCUUUGAAGAGCAGUUUGAGAUUCUUGGGGAUAGGCACCCAGAGUAUCGGUAUACAUAUUGA